CGCCCAGGGGCCGCCCGGGGAGCCAGGACGAGCCGCCUGGGCUCUGCGUAGCUGGCGGCUCGGGGGCUCCAUCCCACACCCUCCGCACAUGAGGCCAUGAGGCACCCACUGGACCAGGGCCAGGUCACCCCUCCCUGCCCCUUACCCCAUCCAGGAGCUCCCUGCUGUCUCACAUCUGGGAGCUGAGGGAGCCCUGGAGGCUGGGGGCCUGCCUGUGAGGGGGUGCCUCUGCCGGGCACCAGCUCCAGCUCCCACCAGCCACACCCUCUGCAAGGUCUCAUAGAAUACUGGACAGAACCGAGCUGGUCCCCAUUACACAGAUGGGGAAACUGAGGCCAGAGAAAGAGGAGCAUCUGGCCCCCGGCUAUACCAGAAGACCCCGCUCCCUCUGGAACCUCUUGCUUCUGCUGUGGACCUUCCUGAAUUGUGGUUUGGGGGGCAACGCUCAGGGUCCAGGUGAGUGGACGCCAUGGGGUUCCUGGAGUCGCUGUUCCAGCUCUUGCGGGCGAGGGCUCUCAGUGCGCAGCCGGAGAUGUAUCCGGUUUCCAAGGGAAGAACUGUGCUGGGGGGACACCCAUGAGUACCGCCUCUGCCAGCAGCCUGACUGUCCCCCAGGGGCCAUGCCAUUUCGAGACCUCCAAUGUGCCCUCUACAAUGGCCACCCCAUCCUAGGCACCCAGAAGACCUACCAAUGGGUGCCCUUCUAUGGUGCACCCAACCAGUGCGACCUCAACUGCCUAGCCGUGGGGCACGACUUCUAUCACAGCUUCGGUCGCGUGCUGGACGGUACCCCCUGCAGUCCGGGCGCCCAGGGACUCUGCGUGGCUGGCCGCUGCCUCAGUGCCGGCUGUGACGGUUUGCUGGGCUCCGACGCCCGCGAAGACCGCUGCGGCCGCUGCGGCGGCGCCAACGACUCGUGCCUCUUCGUACAACGCGUGUUCCGCGACGCCGGUGCCUUCGCUGGGUACUGGAACGUGACCCUGAUCCCCGAGGGCGCCAGACACAUCCGCGCCGCCCACCGGAGCCGGAACCACCUGGCGCUGAUGGGGGGCGACGGGCGCUACGUGCUCAACGGGAACUGGGCGGUCAGCCCGGCCGGGACCUACGAGGCAGCGGGCACCCGCGUGAUCUACACCCGCGCCACAGGGCGGGAGGAGACAUUGCGCGCCGCCGGGCCCACCUCCGAAGACCUGCUCCUGCAGGUCCUCCUGCAGGAGCCCAACCCAGGCAUUGAAUUCGAGUUCUGGCUCCCUCGGGAGCGCUAUGGCCCCUUCCAGGCGCAGGCUCAGGUCUUGGGCUGGUCCCCGCGGCAGCCUCAGCCUCGGGAGGUAGACCCUCAGCCCCUUGAGUCCCCCACUGUCAUCCCUCCACGGACCCCGAUCCCCACUCCAGAGCCCUGUCCACCCUGCCCGGACACCCGCGGUCGUGCCCACCGGUUGCUCCACUAUUGCGGCAGUGACUUCGUGUUCCAGGCCCGGGUGCUGGGCCGCGUCCGCCAGGCCCAGGAGACCCGCUAUGAGGUGCGCGUGCAGCUCAUCUACAAGAACCGCUCCCCACUGAGGGCCCUGGAGUACGUGUGGGCUCCAAGCCGCUGCCCUUGCCCCCCGCUGGCCCUCCAUCGGGACUACCUGCUGGCUGCCCGGCGCCUCAUUAGCCCUGAUGGCACCCAGGACCGGCUGCUUCUCCCCCAUGCUGGCUAUGCCCGGCUCUGGAGCCCCGCCGAGGACAGUCGCGUGCGCCUGGCUGCACGGCACUGCCCUCUCUGAGACGCCAGACCAGACCUUGGCCACACAUGGGUGACUAGUCUAAGUCAGCAUAUGUCUCCUCUUUCCAUAGCUUCCAGGGAGAUAGGAACUGUUUGUCUUCCACCUGCAGCUCUAUGACUCCCAUCAUCACACUCAGAUACCCCUACCUUCAGAGCCACUGUCACCAGCAGGUCCACACUGGUGAGGACUCAAUGAACAGACUUUUAAUUCUGGUUUCGUCUCUCACCUUGGCUGCCAGGAAACGCAUAGUUGUUCUACACCCAGAGACUUUGUGUCUGCUUUUAUUCCCCUUGCUUCACACUCAUGUGCUCAGAGACAUUGUCACACACAAGCCUGGUCCCAGGAAAACAUGCCUAAAGAAAUGUGGUAAUGGUUUUCCCUCUUGUCCUGCCUACCAGGAAGUUCAUCACUGUUUAACCCCCGACACUCUCUCCUUUCAGGCUGCUACUUACACACGCACUCUCAUAUUUUCAGAGACACUGUCACAAACAGGCAUGACCCCCAGAAAACAUGCCUACCCAGGCACUGUAACAUACUAAUUUCCCCUUUUGCCCUUGCUACCAGGAAGUUCACAGAUAAUCUUAACAGCUUCAGCAAUUUGAGGGUGGGGUGGGCUUUCCUUCAGGCAACCCUCCUGUUCACCCCCUUUUUUAUUCCUAUUUAAUUUUUACAAGAGCUGUUUUUUUAAAAAAUAAAAAAACAAGCCCAGUUACACACA